AUGCAGCCCGCAGAUAUUUUCGUAGGAUCCAUUGAUCAGGGCACCACCAGCUCCCGAUUUCUGAUCUUCAAUCGAGACGGUGAGCCCGUGGCCUCCCACCAAGUCGAAUUCACACAGAUCUAUCCCAAUCCAGGGUGGCAUGAGCACGAUCCACUGGAGCUCGUUUCGUCCGUUGAGACCUGCAUUGAGGAGGCGGUCAAACAGUUCGAAUCGACAGGCUACUCCCAGUACAGCAUCAAGGGGAUCGGUAUCACAAACCAGCGGGAAACGACCGUCGUUUGGGACCAUGAGACUGGCGAGCCUCUUUACAACGCCAUCGUCUGGACUGAUACCCGCUCACAGACCAUCGUACACGAGCUCAAACAGAAAUGGGAAGCAUCGCAACUACAGCAGAUCUGCGGUCUCCCUCUCUCCACCUAUUCCUCGUCUUCAAAACUUCUGUGGAUGCUAUCCAACGUCCCAAAAGUGAAAGAUGCAUACCAGCGAGGCACGUUAGCAUUUGGAACGGUGGACGCAUGGCUUGUGUACCGUUUGAAUGGUGGAGCAGCAGCAAACGUGUUCGUAUCCGAUCCUACAAACGCCUCACGGACGAUGUUCAUGAAUCUUGAGACUCUGCAAUACGACAACUUCCUUCUGGACUUCUUUGGUAUUAGAGGAAGGGUCCAUCUACCCAAGAUUGUGCCUUCCUCAGACACCAAGGCCUACGGAAAAUUGGCAUCUGGAAUCCUCGCUGGCGUUUCCAUCAUGGGCUGUCUCGGUGACCAGUCGUCGGCACUUGUCGGUCAGAAGCGAUUCUCACCGGGCAUGGCAAAGAACACUUACGGAACAGGGUGUUUCCUCCUCUACAACGUCGGCGACAAGCCAGUCAUUUCGAAGCAUGGUCUGCUAGCCACUGUCGCUUAUCAUUUCGAUGGUAAAGCAGUGUAUGCUCUUGAGGGCAGCAUUGCGGUUGCCGGAUCUGGCAUCAAGUUUCUACAAAAUAACCUCAACUUCUUCGGGGAUUCCAAGGAGGUGAAUGAUCUUGCCAUGACGGUCGAGGAUAACGGCGGCUGUGUGUUUGUCACGGCUUUCAGUGGUCUUUUUGCGCCGUACUGGAUUGACGAUGCGAAGGGAACGAUGUUUGGGAUUACACAGUACACUCAGAAGGGGCAUAUCGCACGAGCAACGCUGGAGGCUACUUGCUUCCAAACCAAAGCUAUUCUAGAUGCAAUGGAGAAAGAUAGCGGGCACGCGCUCUCGGAACUGGCCGUUGACGGCGGUGUUAGCAAUUCAGAUCUGGCUAUGCAGAUUCAAGCAGACCUGAUUUCAAUUCCGGUGUACCGCCCCAAGAUGCGCGAAACUACAGCACUAGGUGCCGCAAUAGCUGCUGGACUCGCGGUUGGAAUGUGGAGAAACUUCGCCGAGCUGCGGGAUAUUAAUCGUGCUGGAGGCGCCGUCUUUGAGCCCAAGAUUAGCCGGGAAGCAAGCGCUCAGUCUUUCUCCCGGUGGGAGAAGGCUGUCGGAAUGUCCAAGGGCUGGGUCGGAGGCGAGCAAGUGCCUCCCGUGCAAGCCGUGCAACCUAUUCCAAAGGAAAGCAAGGAAGACGCCCCCGAGGUUGGAACGAAUCACACCACCAUGAAGGUUGCGCCGGCGAAGCUUAACGGAGAGAUCGUGCCACCCAAGGUUCCCUUGAUUAGUAUAUCCGGGGACCUAGACGAUGCCGACGAGGAGGAGUUGUAUCUGGAGCUCCGGAAGGUGGAAAUCUUACAGCGGCUCAAGAAACUUCGAAAACUCAAGAUUUCCUUUUUCUGA